AUGAAGGGUGUCGCGAGCGUCCUCGCUGUGGCAGCGAGUGUUGCGCCGGCCCUGGCUAUACCGGGAUGGAACAGAGGGGAUAACAACAUUGUCAAUGUAAUCAACGAGAUCGAACACGCACACCCGAACGGCGGGGCUUGGGGUCCUCCUCAGGGCGCUUGGGGUAAUGGAAGGAGGCCACCUCCUCCACAACAACACCACUCGUGGGGCAAACCACCGGCGGCGUCAUCUGAUGUCGUUGUGGAUCCAGCAAGUGGAAAGUCGACUGGAGGAACUGCACGACCAACUGGCUACUCGAACGUUACAUCCUCGGCUCCAUUAUGGAACAAUGCUACCGCACCAACGACUAGCUACACCACCACAUAUGUGACUGUCACCGACGUUGUCUCGACAUACACAACCACCUACCCUUACAUCAAGGUGUCCACGACCGGCAGCUCUACUCUGAGCUCCAAGGCAAUCACAACAUCGACCGUCACCACUUCAUACCAGUCUACGAUCACUGUCACCAAAACUUUGUCUGUCAAGCCAGCGGGUCCUGGUGGCUACGGCGGAAUGGAGCCAUCGUCGACGCCCGUCAACGCCGUCUCGACGUCGCCUGCAGGUGGAAAUGCUGGAUCGAACGGAGGAUCCAAUGGAGGCAACGGAGCCAACGGCAGCCCCGUCUCAAACGUCGUCGACUCUUCGACUGCAGUUUACAUUACCCUUCCAAUCACCGAGAUCAGCUACUCAACAAGUCUUGCGCCUGUUCCCUGGGGCGCUUACACGCCUUCGAAUUACGUGAGCCUUCCUCCGGCACAGCCCAGCUCGCCUGCAUCGCCAGUGGAUGGUAAUGGUUCCCCGACUACCGUCAUCGUCACUGACUACGUGACGACGUACACCACUCUCUGCCCUUACGAGCAGACCCACACUACUGGAGGCCAGACAACGACCAGCACAGGAACUUCAACAUCUACCGUUACCUCCUCGGUCCACACGACCCUGACUGUGACGAAGGUGUCUACGCUGACUGAUGGUGUUACGAUCACGCCGACUGCUCCAGUUUAUGGCGGAUCUAGCAGCAGCUCUUCCCCAGCCGGUCCAGUCAAUGGCGGUUCCAGCAGCAGCUCUUCUCCAGUCGGUCCAGUGACGACAACGGUGACAAGCGGUUACACAACUGUUACUACCAUCACAUCUGUGUACACCACGACGAAGCCAGUUACUUCGACUAUCACAACUGGAAGCAGCAAGACCAUCAGCACUGGUACAACGACGGAAACCUCUACGACUACCAUUAAAUCGACGAUCACAAUUUCCUUGACCAGCACCGUGACUAUGACACCAACGUCAAGCUCUUCGUCGACUUCCAGCGUUGUCAGCCCAGUCACUUACAGCGGUAGCUCCUCGCUCGGUGGAUCCAGCUCCAAGUCUUCGUCCGCAUCCUCAUCUUCCAGCGGCUCGAUUUCUAUUUCAAGCUCCAAGUCUUCAUCUGCCUCUUCGUCCAGCACCAGUCCGAUCAGCCCGGUCACAAACAGCGCCACGUUCAGCUCUAGCCUGUCGCAGUCCUCGUACACAACUUACACAACCUCUUGCAGCGAGAACAACACAGUCACAAUUCACACCCACAGCCAGCCCCUCACUGAGUCCACGUCUGCUACUCUUCCGCCAUAUGGCGUGAACACGACCACAUCCGCUGGACCAACUGGCAGUGGAUCGUCUAGCACGUCUUCGACUGUUUCUGGUCCUGUGAGUGGCUCCACGGGCAGUGCCUCAUCUAGCAGCAUCUCCAGCUCGUCAACCGGCAACUCUUCGACUUCGUCGACAGUUUCCAGCCCAGUGACUACUUCUGAGUCAUCUUACACGACUUACACAACGACCUGCACAGAGAAUAGCACCACCAUUUUGCAAACCCACUCGGCUCCGAUCUACAACUCGACGACCUCCACCUCUCCUGUGGUUGGUCCUACCGGAGGCAGCACAACAAGCUCCAGCCCUGCGAGCGUGUCUGCAUCUUAUUCAGGUAACUCCACAACUACUUCUCCAGUCGUUGGCCCCACUGGAGGCAGCACAACAAGCUCCAGCACUGUGACGGGCCCUACAUCUUUCGACGGUAACUCAACCACCUCGUCUGUCGUGGGUCCUACUGGAGGCAGCACAACGUCGAGCUCCAGCACAAGCGUCUCUGAGUCCUCAUACACGACUUACACGACCACUUGCACAGAGAACGGAACCACAACUCUUCACACUCACUCCGCACCGGUCACAAAUAACGGAACAACCACCCUAGGCAGCAUCUCAAGCACGGCAUCAGGUCCAGCUACUUACAGUGCGAACUCCACAACAAGCUCCUUCCCAGUCGGCCCAACGGGCGGCAGCACUUCGUCCUCCAGCACUGUAUCAGGUCCCGUCACCCAGAGCGCUAACUCAACAUCGAGCACUUCUCUGUCUACGACAUCUUUCACGACCUACACAACUUUGUGCACGGAUAAUGGUACCACAACGAUCCAUACUCACUCUGCGCCGAUCUACAAUACGACAAGCACUUCUGUCCCCAUCGGCCCAACUGGGGGUAGCACUACGAGCUCAAGCACUGUCUCUGGAUCAGCUUCUUACAGCGGAAACGCGACCACUCCCGUCGGACCUACCGCCCCUGUGACCACCUCGUCAUCCUCAAGCGAGAGCAGCUUUACAACGUACACCACAUUGUGCACAGAGAACGGAACCACAACGAUCCACACCCACUCGGCUCCUGUGACUGUCAACGGUACAACAUCGUCUACUGCUGGUCCUAUAACGACUGGCGGCAGCUCGAACAUCAUUUCGUACUCGACUAACAGCACUUCGAGCCUGCCAACCGCACCCGUUACCACCAGCUCGGUCUCCAUCUCUGCCAGCUUGAAUAUCACUUCCAGCCAGCCGACUGCACCUAUCACAACAAGCUCCAGCUCAUCUUCGGCUGCCUCAAACAGCACUACAUCUGCCAGCAAGACCUCGUCUUCUUCAAGCACGUCCAGCUGCAAGGCACUCCCGACCGCGACUGGCAAGUGUGUUCCUUGCGAGGGCCAGCCUGGCUCUGACCCCAACAACUUCUGUGGUUACACUAUCAAAGACAAUCCAUAUGAGGUGAUGCCCCAGACUUGUGUCACCCGAGAGUACAACUUUGAGCUCGUCAACGGCACCAUCAGCCCUGACGGUGUCCCUCGUAACGGCCUGACAGUCAACGGUCAGUUCCCUGGCCCACAGCUAACCGCCAACUGGGGUGACACUAUCACCGUGCACGUCAAGAACAGCAUGGCCAACAAUGGAAGCACCAUUCAUUGGCACGGCAUCCGUCAGAACUACACUAACGCGAUGGACGGCGUGGCUUCGAUCACGCAGUGCCCUAUUGCGCCUGGCGACACCAUGACAUACACUUUCCGUGCUGAUAACUACGGCUUCUCCUGGUACCAUGCCCACAUUUCUGUCCAGGCAUACAUGGGUGUCUUGGGUCCGAUGGUUAUCAACGGUCCCAAGUCCGUGGCGGGCUCCUUCGACGAGGAGAUCGUCGUGCUGACCGACUGGACUCACAGGACCGUGGAUGAGAUGUACGACCACACUCAAGAUGCUACUGCUCCCGACACCCGCGGCGCGCCAACCAUGGACACUGGUCUGAUCAACGGUAUGAACAUCUGGGGCGGCGCUGAUGGAGCCGCGGGCACUACUGGUGAGCGAUGGUCGACGAGCGUCAAGGCUGGCGAGACCAAGCUCUUCCGCAUACUCAACUCUGCCAUCCAGUCAACAUUCAUCUUCGGGCUUGAUGGCCACAGCAUGCAAGUUAUUGCCGCUGACUUCGUCCCGAUUGUGCCUUACACCGCCAACACAGUUGCGAUCAACCCUGGCCAGCGAUACGAUGUCUUGAUCACAUUCAACCAGGCCGCCAGCAACUACUGGUUCCGCGCUGACAUUCAACAAGACUGUGGACCGAAUCUCCAGUGGAACAAUGUCAAAGGUAUAGUCUCGUACUCGAGCGUCCAGGCCGGCGUCCCAAGCUCUACGGCAUGGACCUACUCGCCUGGCUGCCAGGAUGAGGCCAUGUCCAACCUCAAGCCAGCUUACGCCCUGGAUGCCGGUGUCACCAAGGCUGCUCCUCUCGUCGAGAACGUCGUCAUUGGUGCCAACGGCCAGAACCUGUACAAGUGGUCGCUCAACGGCGUCACCUUCCAGUCCGAGUGGGGCCAGCCAACCCUCGAGUCUCUCGUUCACAACGGUACCAUCCCACCAUUCAGCGGUCCCCUUGCUAUCACCGUCCCCAACCUCGGCGAAUGGGUCUACAUUGUCAUCCAAUCGCCAAUCCCCACACCUCACCCUAUCCAUCUCCACGGCCACGACUUCUACGUCCUCGCGCAAGGCUUCGGCACUUACUCGGCCUCAACCCCCGUGAAUCUCGUCAACCCGCCCCGUCGUGACACAGUCAUGAUGCCCUCGCUCCGCGGUCAAGCCGGUUACGUGGUUAUUGCCUUCUUCACCGACAACCCGGGUGCAUGGCUCAUGCACUGCCACAUUGGCUGGCACAACGCCAUGGGCUUCGCUCUCCAGAUUAUUGAGGCCCAAGACCUGAUCAACAGUACCGCAAUCGACACCUGUGCGAUGGACAACACUUGCAAGAAGUACAACGAGUACGCUUCGGAGUUCGACAUCGUCAUGCACGACUCCGGCGUGUAG